AUGGUGAUGGGAACAUUUUUGUUUGUUUUGCUGCUUGCUCUGCUUAUUUUGUUCUUCCUGAGGCAACUCUGGUCCCGAAGACAUUUGCCUCCUGGUCCUUUGGCUCUACCUCUCAUUGGAACCUUGUGGGCUGAUGGGUUUUGGCUUCGUGAAGAUUAUUUCCGUAAGCCUGCAAAACGAUAUGGAAAUAUAUACUCCAUAUGGAUUGGACAUCACCUUCUAGUAGUGCUGUCUGGAUUCAAAGCUGUGAAAGAAGGAAUGACCAGCUUCCCACAGGAAUUCUCUGAUCGACCGGAUGAUGCUUUCUUGACUGCUAUAGGGAAAGGAUUGGGGAUUAUUUUCUCCAGUGGCCACACCUGGAAACAGCAGAGACACAUUGUCAUCACUUCUCUGCGGAAGCUGGGCCUGGGGAAGAAAAGCAUUGAGCAUCAAAUAGAAGAUGCAGCUCAGAAACUGGUGGAGACCUUUAGACAAACAAAAGGACAGCCAUUUGACCCUUCAUUUCCAAUACGACAUGCAAUUUCUAAUGUCAUAUGUUCUUUGAGUUUUGGCCAUCAGUUUGUUCCUGAAGACGAAAACUUCCAGAAGUUAAUUGAAGCCCUUGAAAUUAUUGUGAAAGUCACUGGUAGCUUUUUCCAUUUGUUAGCCAAGAGUUUGAACCUGCUAUCUGUCCAAUUACACCUGGAGCAGGUGCUCACUUCAACUCUGAAAAUUAUUGCAAUUUUCAUUUUCCAUUUUAAACAUCAGAGCAGGAAUGACUCUACCUACAAUGAAAACAACCUGGCUCAGUGUAUUUUUGAUUUUUUUUCUGCUGGAGUAGACACAACCUUUGCUACUAUGAUGUGGGCCCUGCUCCUCUUGACAAAUCAUCCUGACAUCCAAGAAAAAGUCCAGAAGGAGAUUGAAGAUGUGUUUAGCAUCUCAGGGUCAAUUUCCUAUCAGGAUCGGAAGAAACUGCCCUACACCAAUGCUGUGAUUCAUGAAAUGCAGCGUAUCAAAUAUGCCUUGCUAAUUGGGGCUCCCAGGAAAAGUACAAAGGAUGUGAAGAUGAGGGGUUACCACAUUCCAAAGGAAACCUUUAUUAUCCCAGAUGUGCGCUCUGUUCUUCUUGAUCCUGAACAAUGGGAGAAACCUGAAGAAUUCAACCCAAAUCACUUUUUAGAUAAGGAUGGGAAAUUCAUUGAACGAGAAGAGUUUCUGCCAUUUGGAAUAGGUCAACGUUCAUGUGUGGGAGAACAGCUGGCAAGAAUUGAGACCUUCAUCUUUCUAACCAGCCUGUUGCAGGUCUUUAGACUCCAAUUGCCUGAAGGAGUGAAACAAAUCAAUCAGUCCCCUAUUGUCAAGCUGACAGUGCAUCCACAGCCUUAUAAACUGUGUGCUGUUCCCACACAGGCUUAA